CCAAACACUAGCUAUACUAGUCUAUAUAUAUAUACUCACAUCCAUCUCAAACACUUAUACUUCUCUCUCUCACUCUCUCUCUUCUCUAUAUAUACUGUACUGCCUUGGGAGAGAGACCUCUAAUUUUGUAUUCUUUCCUUUUGGCCAAAUCCCACCAUUUUAACUCAUCCAAACUUUUCAUCAUCAAGCUUCUUAUCCAUAUAUAUAUAUAUAUAUAUAUAUACAUAUACAUAUAUAUAUAUAUAGAGAGGAAGAAGAAGAAGAAGGAAAAGAUGAAUAGUAGCUUUGAUCAUUCCCAGAUGAUGAGGCAAGAUCAGUACUCAUUGAAAAGGAGAUGGCAACAACAGUUAAUGGUUAAUAAUGGUGCAACUCCCCCUUCUUCCGGUGGACUUUCCUUCACCGGAAUAACUACUACUGCUAACCCUAACCAUAACAGUAAUAAAAUUAAUUGCUAUCUCCAAGGCAGUACGGGCUUUCCGGCGGCGGGGCAGCUGCUGGGUCAUCGCCAUGACGAUCUGGUCUCGGCGGCGGUGGUGCCGGCUGUGACGGUGGUUCUUGAAGGCCGUUCCAUCUGCCACCGCAUUAGCCUCCAUAAACAUUCAAGCUACCAAAGCCUUGCCAAGGCCAUCCGCCAAAUGUUCGGCGACGGCGGCGGAGGUGGCGGCGGCUGUGGCGGUGAGAAUGAUGAUAAAGAUCUUGAUCUCUCCAAUGCUGUCCCUGGUCAUCUAAUUGCUUAUGAAGAUAUGGAGAAUGAUCUUCUUCUUGCCGGUGAUCUUAAUUGGAAGGAUUUUGUACGCGUAGCAAAGAGAAUCCGGAUACUGCCAGCAAAGUCAAAUUCAACCAAGAGAAGAGAAGAGAAGAGGAGUAGCUCUAGGGAUUAAUUAAUUAAUUAAUUAAACUCAUAAUUAAUGUUGAUUAGUAUAUUGCUAUAUUAAUUAUAUUAUGUGGAUAAUUUUGGCAAGGAAAGUCAAGUAAUAACUUCUUAACUACAUAUACCUAUUACAAACUUAGUUGUAAACAUGAGAAAACUUGACUAUGGUUAUUGGAAAUUAUUUGGGAGCUGAUUAAUUAUUAUUAAUUUCAAUAUUGGAAUAUUUGUACUCAAAAUUAAUUAAGCUACCUAGCUCUCUAGAAAGAGUCCUAAUUUAAACCAAUUAAUUAUAUA